AUGCGUUUCUCACGGAUUCUUUUCCCUUUGGCCCUGGCCCCCUUGGCUCUAGCUGCCCCCGAGCCUCGUCCCAACCCGGUCGCCGCACCGGCCCCGGUCCCCAGUGGUGGUCUACUGGAAGAGCUGCCCGAACUUCUGAGCGGCGUUCAGGGUCUCUUAAGCACCGAAAACAUCGACAAGCUGGAUACUAUCCUUGACGGUGCGGCCAAGUUGCUCGCCGCCGAUAAUAUCGAUAUCUUGCAAGAUAUCUUGAAGAAUGCCCACAGCUUGUUGACCAAGAGCUUUGUCGAUAACACAACUACCCUCAUUGGGGAUGCCACACCGCUGGUCGAGGAUAUUUCCAAGCUUCUGGGUGGUGUUCUAGGAUCAUUGUGA